AUGAAUCCCUAUAUUAGCUGGGCCAUCCUACUGGUCGUGGCUGGUGGUCUCGGGUGGUACUACACCAACGGUGCGGCCCCGAAAGCCAAAGCCCCCGUCCCAGCGCCUCUUGAGAAGGCUCAGGUGGCUCCCAAGAAGCCUAAGCGCAAGACCAAGCCCUCCGAACCCGCCCCGGCAAAGAAGCCCGAGGUGAAGACCGUCAUCUCUCCCCCAGCCACCGAGGAUGAGGAGCCCGAGGAGGAGAUCGACCCCCGGGAGAUGGCCCGUCGCCAGACUGCUAUCAAGAACGGUAUCCCCCAGACCGCUGCCUCCAGCACCAAGAACAAGAAGAAGAAGCUGCAGAAGAAGGCUGCUCAGCUCGAGGUUGGCUCUCACGCCUCUUCGACCACCGGCGCUGAGGCCGAUGACGAUCUUUCUCCCGCUGUCUCCCCUCUGGUCAGCGCUACCGUUCCCUCCGCCGGUGAUGUCGACGACAUGAUUGAGACCCCCGCCGCUGCCGCAGCUGCCAAGGUCCUCCGUGUUACUGGUGACCUGCCUGCCCAGGCCGAGAAGAAGGCCAAGAAGGAGGCUGUUCCCGAGAAGAACAAGAAGGCGCGUGCCCACCAGCGCAAGAACGAUGAGCGCAAGGAGCAAGCCCGUCUGGAUGAACAGGACCGCCAGAAGAAGCUGGAGCAGCACCGCCGGAACGUUCCUGAGCUCCAGGCAACCUGGUCCCAGUCCCACGCCAACAACGCCUGGGAGAACAAGGCCGCGACCAACGGUGUCUCCAAGCCCGUCCCCGCCCCCGCUGCUAGCAAUGCUGCGAGCACCAAUGAGUGGGAGCAGGGUCUUCCCACUGAGGAAGUCCAAGAGCAGAUGGCCAAGGCCGCCGUUGCCGACGACGCAUGGACCCAGGUUAAGACCAAGAAGGGCGGUAACAAGAAGGAGAACAAGAAGGGUGGCAAGACUGACGAGAGUGUUAGCGAGACCAGCGCUUCCGAGGCCAAGCCUGCCUCAGUCACUUCUGCUCCGGCUCCUGUCAAGCCUCGGGUUACCAUCACCCCAACCUACCUGCCCGACCUGCGCUCCCGCGAGAAGGGUCACCCUCUGGACUCGGAUUGGGCAGCCUGA